CAACAACAGGCUGAACCAGUCACACGCCUGACCCGACUGCCCCCGAUUCAACGAAACUAACAGAUUUCGUGGCUGCAACCGCGGUUUUCCGACAGAAAUUCGGGAACGACGCGAAGGGUACGUUUUCAACGACAGAAGUCGAUCGGAGAAACGAUCGAGUGGUAUCGGUAGAUACCUCGUAUUUCAUGAGGUUUCCGGCGAGACGGCCCUCGUCGGUUUUAAUCCCGAAAAUCGUGACGAGCGAAACGAGGAAGUGACGCGGUAGGGUGUCCGCAGGAUGCAAAUGAAGAGGCCGAGUUAAGGGUGGUGCGCGAGGGAUGUCUUUCUUCGUGGACGUCGUUACCGAGGACUCGUUCUACGAGAACCUCACGCUGGGCGUGGUGAAGCUCCUCGAGAACGUGCCGUACGUGAAGAACGUGCGAGUCGAUAGGAGGAACGGGUGCGAGGAGACCGCCAUCGCCAACUGGGAGCAAAGGCAUUGUUGCGCGCUCCCGGAAGAUCUGAGGAACUUCUAUCUGUCGACCGACGGUUUUCAGCUUGUCUGGAACCUAGAGAUAGCAGGCGAGGAAUUCUCGGUGGGUCGCAUGGAAAUCGGCGGUUUCUCUUCCCUGAAGCGUUACUCGGUAGCCAAAGAGUCGCAGCAAGCGAACUGUGCCAAGCAAGAGUCCUCCGAUCAAGGGUCAGAAGGCGGCACGGAUCGCGAGGGCGCGAUCUCCCUUGCGGCCGGGAAUCCGCGAGGUUGCAAGAUGUUCGAGAUCGGCCAGUGUCACCCGGACAGCGGGAAGGCCGGAGUUUACCUGGUGUACCGAAUGAAACCGGACCAGGAGGCCCCGAGCAUCUGGCUGCACCGGGUGGAAACGGAUCGAUGGCACCACCUGGCCGACACCUUCACCGUUUAUUUCCGGAUGAUGCUGGUCCAUCUUGGGCUGCCGUUGUGGCAGUACUGCGUCACCGGCCUCGCCCUGCCCACCUGGGUCGAGCAGGUGUACUUCUUGGUUGGACCCCACCUGCUACCGUCCACCGUUGACCCCAUCGAAACCAUAUCCAUUUCCAUGUGGAACAACGGGCCCACCAACGUGAUCGACCCGGCGAUCUUCAAAGGCAAAGAGGGCAAGCAGAAGCCGCCUAGGAAGAAGUGA